UUCAUAAAUUAGUUUUUUGAAGCAGGCGUUCCCAUUUAUUUAUUCAAAAAUAUUUUUCAAAAGCGAAAUUCUAGAAAGCAAUUUUAAAUAAUUUAAGUGAAAAAAGUAGAAAAUCAAAAACCUUACCACUGAUGGGGGAGCGAUUGGCUUUUUUCGAGAACCAUGUUCUUAAGACCUUAAGAAUCAAACAAGAAAAAUGGGCCAAAAUGAUCACGACGGAUAUUUAUAAGGAAACUAUUAUGGGAUUCCUAGACGAACCAUAUCAGCAGCGACUAAUAUUUACAAUGAAUGCUGCAUCAUUACCUGUUCCAUCCUAUGACUUUCCAUCAAAGCCACGAAGUAAAAUAGUAUUUUUUGUUCGACAAAAUUUACCAACAACAUUGACCGAAGAAAAUAUAAGAAAAGCUCUACUCUACGGCGAUCUUUUACCAAAUGUUCUUGAGAAUUUGGUCGUACUAUUUGAUGAUGUCAUUUUCCCAAUACUAAAUAAUCCAGCAAAUCAAAACGGAUGGACUUCUGUUAUGGUAAAUGAUAUGAAAACUGAAAGUCAAGAAUUUCGAAAUUGUAUAGCUCAAAUGAAAGGACAAAUGAUCAAUCGAACAAUUUUACCACUGCCAAUUUGUAUUGACGAAGUGAUGGAAAUGGUACCAAACAUGGCUCAAGGUAAUUUUUCAAAAUUCACAAGCAUAAUGAAACAUUCACUCGAAGGAAUGAUCGUCAAAUGGAUUGAUUCUAUAAAUGAUUUCAUUAAUGUAUCUGCAAGAGAAUACAUAUUCAAAAAAGAAAAAUACCCACGUCCUGAAAAUUUGAUAAACUUUUGGGAAGCUCGAUUAGAAAAUUUGGAAAAUCUAGUCGACCAGUUGGGUGACAUAAGGAUCAAAACAAUUGGAUUUGUUUUAGAAAAAAUAAAUUCCGUUUUCGAAAUGUCAUUUAGAUCUAUUGUUGAAAAGAUAAUGGAAGCUUUAGUUGAAGCACGAGAUAUUAAGUUAUAUUUGUCACCAUUGAAAAAAAUUGUGGAUCGCUUUGAAACCAAUGAUUUGAAUGAAACUACCAAAGACAUCCGACCACUCUUACUCAAUAUUGGAUUGGUUUGGGCCAAUUCCAAGUACUUUCAUACCGUUGACAAUAUGUCAUUGCUAUUUAUCUUGGUUAAUAAUACAUUGAUCGAUUGUGCCAGUAGAACUAUAGAGCCCGAUGCUAUAUUUCAAGGUGACGUUGAUGAGGCUCACAAUAGAGUUAAUUUGGUAAUUGGCCAUUUGGAACAUUACAGGAAAAUCUAUCACGAAUGUCGAUCAGAUUUGUUAAAAUUCAAACAAAACACCGAGUUCAAUUCUCAAGAUUGGACAUGGCAACUUGAUACGAUCUUCUCAAGAUUCGAUGCAUUUAUCGAAAGACUUCACAAGAUGAAUGAAAUUUUCACGAUUGGCAUUAGUUUUAACAAGUUGGAAAAAAUUACUAUCGGUGGUCUUAAGGGUCGCUCCAUAAGCCAUUCAGUUGAUGUUAUUUUGGAAGAAUAUAACACCGCUUAUAGAGAGUGGGGAAAUAUUGCUUUUAAUGCACUCGACACAGACCCAGAUAAACAAGAUUUCACCAAGGAAAAAGAAAAAUUUGACACUAAGGCUGAAAUUCUAGAAAGAAGACUUGCUUUUUUAUUUGAACAAGCUUUUGAGGAUUGCCGAGAACUUAAAAUUUGUGGAAGCCUACUUAAUCGACCAAUAAUUAAGGAACAACUAGAAAAUCAGUUUGUUUCUUUUGUGGAGGACUUUAAUAAUGAGCUAGAUGCUACUGCAAGUGAUUUUGCAAAAUUUGCUGAAAUAUUCAAAAGAUACGGAAUCGAGGCGAUGUCAACUGGCAGCUACUUUCCGAACGUUUCAGGAGCAAUUUCUUGGCUUACAAAACUUAGAAAUCGUGUGGCUUCGAUGAAUACCGACUUUGGACUCUAUGAUGUUCAGUUCUUUCAAAACGAAUUUGGCAUUGAAACUCUCUCCAGAUAUGACCAACUCUUGAAGUCCAUUAACGAACUCAAACUUGAAAUCCUAGAAAAAUGGCAAUAUCAUAUAACAGAAGUUAUUGAAAUAAAAAUGAAUCAACCAGUUUUGAAAAAAGAAGAACUUGGAAAAAAUGUCGACAAAUUCAAACUUGUUGUUAAUUUUGAUAUUGAGCUCCAAACCACCCUCAAAAACACAAGGACCUUACUUCUACUUGGCAGCACUAUCUCCGAGCCUAUAUUGGAAUUCUACAACAGAGACAAUAAACUAUGGGAGGCCAGGAUAAAAUUAAUGCGAAUUGUUGAGUGGUAUAAUGAUAUCAACCACAGAGCCAACUCCUAUGAACUAAACCUGCUUCGCUUGGAAAUGGCAGAAAUCGAUGAACGUUUGGUUCCUCUUUUAACCACAGAUCUAUGGAAGAAAUUUAAUAUUGAAUAUAUUGCCGGAAUUUUCAUGACUAUCAAGAGAUUACACUUGCGACUUCAGCAAAGUCAAAAUAAUAUUGAUGCAAUCAAGCGGAGUAUCCAAUCGUGGGGAAAAAUUCCAUUGUACCUUAGGAAAGAUAAGAAUCCAAAAGCAUUGCUCGACUGCAAGGACAGGACAUCCAUUAUUCAGCGCCGAAAGCAUUUAGCGAACGGCACAAUGAAGCUGAUAGAACAGCUUAUGAUGCUGAAUUUGAAAUUGUUUUUUGAUUUGCCAAUUGAGGAUUCAGAAAUGCCAGUGACUCCAGAUGAUGACACUGUGAGACGGGUGGAAAGUAUCACGGCUGAGCCAACUGUUAUUCCUGAAUUAGAUCCUGAGUUUGCUCAAAGACACGGAUCCGUUUCAAAUGAAGUGCUUUUUACUUCAAAGCAAAGAUUUGAAUUACUUCAAAAUUUCCCACAAGAUAAAGUUGCAAAUUUCCAUAAAUAUGAGAAUUAUGUUGAUGAGCAAAUCGCCGAGCAACUAUUGGAUGCGGUAGUCACAAGUUUGACCUAUCUUCGCAUGGAACUUGAGAACCGCUUUGAAAAUGAUGCUCCAAUAUUUGAAGUGCUGAUGGAACUCCAGUUAUCUCACAUUGUUUUCUUCCCCAACAUAGAGACUUCCCAAAGGCAUGGCUUUACUUUUCUGAUUGAGAGCAUUAUGGAAGAUAUGUUCCAGCAGCUUACAAUGCUCAAACGAGUGUCUCCGAAUGUAGUCGUUCCAGGCGAGGAUUCAAGAGGCGAUGAUUUCAGAGAUGAAAUAAGAGACAAGUUGGAUAUUCACAAAACCCGUAAUGAUAUUUUGCAAAAAGUUAAAUAUGGGCUUCAAGCUAUCCGUACCCAUGUCAAAUACUAUUCCGAUUAUAGUUUCAUCUGGGUCGAAGAAAGACCCAAUUAUUUGAAAGAAAUUAAGUUGUACGGAAGACCUUUAACACCUGCCGAACGAGAUCCUGAAGACGGGGGUGAAAUCAAAGUUGCCCCACUUAAAGAAGUUCAUCCUCCCUUGAGUGUAUACAAGGAACAGUUGAACAAGUUUAUAGCCCUCCGAGAUGAAGUUGAGAAAUGGGAGUACUUCCAAGAUUUUAAUGUUUGGUUAAGACUCAACAAAAAAAGAUUUCGAAAUGGUGUCCUGAAUGAAAUAGGCAAAUGGAUAAGUUUGUUUAAGUGUGAUUUGAUUGAUCGUGUAGAGAAUUCAUUACAGGAGCUUGAAGAUUUUAUAAAUGAAGCAAAAACAACACUAUCAUUAGAAUUGGAUAAGGAAGAUUUGGAUGGUUUACUGAAGAUCAUGGGCAUUCUGAGCGCAAUCAAUGAAAAACAAUUCAUUUACGAUGAAAUGUUUGAACCAAUCAAGGAAAUUGUAGAACUACUGAAACUCUAUAGCUAUGAAUUCCCGAAUAGUGUCCUAACACAAUUGACAGAUUUGCCAGACAUGUGGCUUAAAACUAAACGAGAUGCUGUGAGUGUUAAACAAACAAUAGGACCAAUGCAGGCUUAUCAAGUGGAUUUGAUUGAGAAACGAAUUACUCUGUUCAACAAUAUGUCGACUUUGUAUAGAAAUAGGUUCCUAAGUGGAGAACUUUUCCUUGUUACUUGUGACUUUCCUUAUCGUCUUAUUGAUAAAACAAGCUUGGAACUAAAUGAAAUCGAAAAAAGACAACAACAUCUUGCCAGUUCAGCUGUUUUGUUCGAAUUGCAGGGGCCUGACAUGUCGAAAAUAAACCGCUGCCGGAGUGACCUAGCUCUGUUGAAACAGAUGUGGGACUACUUCAUUAGCAUAGACUCAACUAUUACAGAUUGGAAGACUACACCAUGGAAGAAGAUCGACAUCGAAGCAAUGGAUAUGGAAUGCAAGAAAAUUGGCAAGGAAUUACGCGGUCUUGGCAAGGAAAUGAGAUCAUGGGCUCCAUAUGUUUAUAUGGAGAAUUCAUUAAAAAACCUAAUGACUUCCCUGCGAGCAAUUACUGAGCUACAAAAUCCUGCAAUCAAAGACCGCCACUGGAUGGAGCUAAUGCAAACUACGAAAGUCAAGUUCAGCAUGCAUGACUCAACCACCCUAAAAGACUUGAUAGACCUUAAUUUACACAAGUUCGAAGAAGAAGUUAAGAAUAUUGUCGACAAAUCGGUGAAAGAAAUGGCAAUGGAAAAAGUGUUGCGAGAUCUUCAAGCGACUUGGUCUGAAAUGGAAUUUGGCACAGAACUCCAUGACCGUACUGGACUUAAGCUGCUUAAAGCUUCGGAAGAAAUGAUAGAAACUUUAGAAGAUCAUCAAGUUCAAUUGCAAAAUAUGCUAUCUUCCAAAUUUAUUGGAUAUUUCUUGAAACAAGUCACUGAUUGGCAAAAUAAACUUUCGAAUGCUGACCAAGUUAUUUCAGCAUGGUUUGAAGUGCAACGGAAAUGGCAAUAUCUGGAAAGUAUAUUCAUCGGCUCUGAAGACAUAAGAAAUCAGCUGCCAGAAGACUCGAAGAGAUUUGAUUCAAUUGACAGAGAUUUCAAAAACCUUCUAGAUCAAAUGGCCAAUGACCGCAAUGUCGUUAGAUCGACAAACAGAGGUGGGGGAAAACUAUACGAUACCCUUGAAAGGCUUUUAAAGCAACUCUUGCUAUGCGAAAAAGCAUUAAACGAUUAUUUGGAAACAAAACGUCUUGCAUAUCCCAGGUUUUACUUCGUCUCUUCGGCAGACUUACUGGAUAUUCUGUCGAACGGCAACAAUCCAAAAAUGGUGAGUCGUCAUUUGACAAAACUAUAUGAUUCUCUUGGAAGCCUCUCACUUAUCGAGGGCACAAAGCUUUCAAAAGGAAUGGUAGCUAAAGAACUCGAAGAAUUUAUUCCAUUCAUGCAAAAAUGUGAUUGCAGUGGAAAAGUUGAAACAUGGUUAAAUCGUGUAACUGAUGAAAUGCGAAACACCCUCCGUCACCAUUUUCGUCAAGCAGUCAUUGCCUAUGAGAAAAAACCCCGACACAUCUGGAUAUUCGAAUGGCCCGCACAGCCAGCCCUGGUGACCACUCAAAUCUGGUGGACAACCGAAACAGACGAUGCUUUUGUUAAAGUAAGCAUGCGAUACGAAAACGCCAUAAAGGACUACAACAGGAAGCAAAUCAACCAAUUGAACGCCCUCAUCACACUUCUACUUGGCGACUUGACCCCCGGGGAAAGACAAAAAAUUAUGACCGUUUGCACAAUUGACGUUCACAGUCGAGAUGUUGUUUCGAAAAUAAUCCAACAAAAAGUGGAUGUUGCCACGGCAUUCCAAUGGCAGAGUCAACUUCGCCACAGAUGGGACACAAAACAUGACGAUUGUUUUGCUAACAUCUGCGAUGCCCAAUUUAAAUACGACUACGAGUAUCUUGGGAACACUCCACGUUUGGUUAUAACACCACUAACUGACCGUUGUUACAUCACCCUCACACAGUCUCUGCACCUCAUAAUGGGAGGUGCUCCCGCUGGGCCAGCUGGAACUGGCAAAACCGAAACUACCAAAGAUCUAGGUCGCGCACUGGGAAUGAUGGUGUAUGUAUUUAACUGCUCUGAACAAAUGGAUUACAAAUCCUGCGGCAACAUUCACAAGGGAUUAGCUCAAACGGGGGCGUGGGGUUGCUUCGAUGAAUUCAAUAGAAUUUCGGUCGAAGUUCUGUCUGUCGUCGCUGUUCAGGUGAAGUGCAUACAGGACGCAAUAAAGGCUAAAAAGUCUGUGUUCAAUUUCCUUGGCGAGAUAAUAGCACUAAGGCCAACGGUGGGAAUGUUCAUAACAAUGAAUCCAGGAUAUGCAGGCCGAGCUGAACUUCCAGAGAACUUAAAAGCGCUAUAUCGUCCAUGUGCAAUGGUUGUGCCCGACUUUGCCCUAAUCUGCGAAAUCAUGUUGGUUGCAGAGGGAUUUCAAGAAGCACGUCUUUUGGCUCGAAAAUUUAUUACAUUAUAUACUCUGUGCAAAGAGCUUUUAUCGAAGCAGGAUCAUUACGACUGGGGACUGAGGGCAAUAAAAUCAGUUCUGGUGGUUGCCGGAUCACUAAGGAGAGAUGAUAGAUAUCGCCCAGAAGAUCAAGUUCUUAUGCGUGCUCUGCGUGACUUUAAUACUCCCAAAAUUGUAACCGAUGACGUUAGUAUAUUCAUGGGUCUCAUUGGCGAUCUAUUCCCAGCUCUAGAUGUCCCACGCAAAAGAAAUUUGGACUUUGAAGCAAUUAUCAAAAAAUCAGCAGUAGAUCUAUCUCUACAACCCGAAGCAGGUUUCAUAUUGAAAAUUGUUCAACUCGAAGAACUUUUUGCUGUCCGCCAUUCAGUGUUUAUCAUUGGUUAUGCUGGUACGGGGAAAAGUGCUGUUUGGAAAACAUUAUUCAAAACAUAUCAAAACCAAAAGCGAAAACCUCUUUACAAUGACCUAAAUCCCAAGGCAGUCACAAAUGAUGAGCUUUUUGGUAUUGUUAAUCCGGCGACAAGAGAAUGGAAAGAUGGUCUUUUCUCAAUUAUAAUGCGGGAUCAAGCUAACACCCCUGGAAAUGGACCUAAAUGGAUUGUACUAGAUGGUGAUAUUGAUCCGAUGUGGAUUGAAAGCUUGAACACCGUCAUGGACGAUAAUAAAGUUCUUACAUUAGCCAGUAACGAACGGAUUGCCUUAACAAAAGAAAUGCGCCUACUUUUCGAAAUUGCUAAUCUCAAAACAGCAACCCCAGCAACAGUAUCUCGAGCUGGAAUCCUCUACAUAAAUCCCCAAGAUCUUGGAUGGAAUCCUUCGGUUGCCUCAUGGUUACAAAAACGACAGAAUAACACCGAACAAUCUAUCUUGAUAAUUCUCUUCGAAAAGUAUGUCCCACCUUUGCUAGAAGCCUUGAAAACCAAACUCAAGAAAAUAACCCCGAUUUCUGACAUAGCUAUGCUACAAAUGACAUGUUACUUGCUUGACUGCCUGCUUACGCCUCAAAAUGUGCCCACAGACUGUCCAAAGGAUUGGUAUGAAAUAUAUUUCGUAUUCUGCAUCAUCUGGGGUUUCGGAUCCACCCUUUUUCAAGACCAAAUAAUUGAUUGGCGCAACGAGUUCCAUAAAUGGUGGAUUAAUGAAUUUAAAACCGUAACUUUCCCCCCUGGAGGAAAUGUAUUCAGUUACUAUGUGGAUAAUGAAACAAAAAAAUUCGCCCCAUGGACAAAUCUUGUGCCUCACUUUGAACUAGACCCCGACGUUCCUUUGCAAUCAAAUUUGGUUCACACAUCAGAAACAACUCGCCUUAAAUACUUUACAGACAUUCUCAUUGCCGAACACCAUCCCAUAAUGUUUAUUGGACCUCCUGGAUCUGGAAAAACCAUCAUAAUGGGAGCGAAAUUGAACGCAUUACCUGAAGCCAAGUUCGCUGUUACAAACGUGCCAUUUAAUUUCUACACAACCUCUGAGAUGUUGCAAAGGAUUCUGGAGAAACCACUGGAAAAGAAAGCAGGUCGCAAUUUCGGUCCUCCAGGCAAUAAGCAGAUGGUUUAUUUUAUCGACGAUAUGAAUAUGCCUGAAGUUGACAAAUAUGGAACCGUACAACCACAUACUUUGAUACGACAAUUUAUGGACUAUCGCCACUGGUAUGACCGUGCAAAAAUGUCACUAAAGGAUAUCCAUCACUGCCAGUUUGCCUCCUGCAUGAACCCCACGGCUGGUUCAUUUACCAUAAAUCCGAGACUGCAGCGACAUUUUUGUUCGUUUGCCGUAAACGCUCCUGGUGGAGAAGCCUUAUUCCACAUUUUGCACUCAAUCCUCUCCCAACACAUGAAUGCUUCACAGCAUAGGUUUUCCAAGGCAACGAAGGAUAUAUGCGAGCCACUUAUCAGAGCAGCUAUUGCAAUGCACCAGAAAAUUUCGCAGACUUUUCUCCCGACUGCCGUUAAAUUUCAUUACAAUUUUAAUUUGCGGGAUCUAGCAAAUAUAUUUUCGGGUAUGUUAUACUCAAACGCAGAGACAUGUCCUAAUCCCAAUAUGCUUCUCCGUCUAUGGGUGCAUGAAUGCAAUCGUGUCUAUGGAGAUAAAUUGGUCGACCAAACUGAUAUAGCCACCUACCAAAAGUUGAUUGCCGAGAACGUUCGCAAGGGCGUCGAAGUGUAUAAUGAAGAGGUUGUGUUUGAAAAACCCCACAUUUUCUUCCACUACGCAAAAGGAUUGUCCGAUGUCAAAUACAUGCCCGUUAAAGGUUGGGAGCGCCUAAGCAAACUGCUCGAAGAAGCUCAAGAACGUUACAAUGACUUUGUGGGUGCCAUGAAUCUCGUCCUCUUCGAAGAUGCCAUGAGUCACGUUUGCCGCAUCAGUCGCAUAAUUGAAUCUUCACGAGGAUAUGCUCUACUUAUUGGCGUAGGCGGCUCGGGAAAACAGUCACUUACUCGAUUGGCAAGUUUUAUUUCAUCUCUGGACGUCUUUCAAAUCCAAUUGACCAAGGACUACAGCAUAAAUGACCUCAAAUCCAACAUUGCAGUGCUUUACAUGAAAUGCGGCAUCAAGUCCAAUCCGUGUUGCUUUCUUAUGACCGAUGCCGAAGUAGCAAAAGAGGACUUCCUUGUCCUUAUCAAUGAUUUGCUUGCCUCGGGCGAUAUUCAUGAACUCUUCCCCGACGAAGAAAUAGAAAACAUCAUCGGAGCAAUACGAAACGAAGUCAAACAAGCUGGCAUAUUCGAUAGCCGAGAAAAUUGUUGGAAAUUUUUUAUUGACAAGGUACGUGGACUACUCAAAGUCGUGCUGUGCUUCUCGCCUGUCGGGCCCACUCUCAGAAUACGUGCCAGAAAAUUCCCAGCUCUUGUCAAUAACACAACAAUAGAUUGGUUCCAUGAAUGGCCAAGGGAAGCCUUGGAAAAUGUUGCAUACCGCUUUCUGUCUGAAAUCGAAUCUCUACCAACUUAUUUGGCCCCUCCUGUGUCCAAGUUCAUGGCCUAUGUCCACAAAACGGUGAACGAUAUAUCACAGCUUUACUUACUCAAUGACAAGAGGUAUAACUACACAACGCCCAAAUCCUUUUUAGAACUCAUAAGUUUAUACACGAAGCUGUUGGUGGAAAAGGUCAAAGUUAACAAAGAGAGAAUUGUUCGUCUCGAGAAUGGACUGAUUAAAUUGGCAUCUUGUUCGCAAGAAGUUGAUGGCCUGCAGGACGUCCUCAAGCUGCAAGAAGUUGAAUUGGCAGUUAAGAAUAAAGAAGCAGAUAAUCUAAUCGUCGUUGUGAGUACAGAAAAUGAAAAGGUGUCCAAGGAGAGAGUGUUUGCGACACAGGAGGAAAAAAAGGUCAGGCAAAUAGAAGAAGAUGUAACGGCAAAGGCUUCACUUUGUGAAGAAGACUUUCGAAAGGCACAACCCGCAUUGCUGGCCGCACAAGAAGCCCUUAAUACUUUGAACAAAAACAAUCUCACCGAACUUAAAUCAUUUGGUUCUCCCCCCGAUGCCGUAGUCAGCGUGUGUGGGGCAGUGUUGGUUCUUUUCGCUCCCAAAGGUAAGAUACCAAAAGAUCGAAGCUGGAAGGCAGCUCGUGUGAUGAUGGGCAAUGUUGAUAAGUUUCUCAACGAUUUGAUAAACUAUGACAAAAAACACAUCCACCCGGAUGUGAUUAAGGCUCUACAGCCGUACAUUAAUGACCCAGAAUUUAAUCCGGAGAAAAUUGUUUCGAAGUCGCAAGCGGCAGCCGGUCUCUGUUCGUGGGUGAUAAACAUUAAUCGAUUCUACGAGGUGUAUUUGGUGGUGGAGCCAAAGGAGCGAGCAUUGGUGGAUGCCGAACGAGAACUGCAAGAUGCCAGAGAUAAACUAACAGCGCUUAAUAAUCGCCUGAAUGAACUCGAGGAGAAAUUGAACAUUUUGCAGGCAGACUUCGACAAUGCUCUGGCAAAGAAACAAAAAUGCCAGGACGAAGCCGAUAAAACCGCAUUCACGAUUGACUUGGCAAACAGAUUGAUUGGUGGACUUGCAUCGGAGAAGAUUCGUUGGACGGAAUCGGUGAAAAGCCUAAAUGCUAGUCAAAUUACCUUGCCUGGAGAUAUUCUGCUCAUAUCAUGUUUUAUAUCGUACGUCGGAUGUUUCACGAGAGUGUAUAGGGUUGAGUUGCAAACAAAAUUAUGGAUGCCUACUUUUAAGACAUCAGAGCCUCCUAUUCCGGUUUCGGAAGACAGUGACCCUUUUGCUAUGAUUUGUGAUGAUGCCCAGAUAGCUGAAUGGAAUAACCAAGGUCUGCCGAGCGAUCGAAUGUCGGCUGAAAAUGCCGCAAUUUUGGUCCACUCAGAGCGGUAUCCACUAAUGAUUGAUCCACAACUGCAAGGCAUCAAAUGGGUCAAACAAAAGUACCAUAAUAACAUAGUAGUUUUACGUUUAACUCAACGAGGCUACCUGGACGUAGUCGAACGUGCAGUCAGCAACGGAAAUGUUCUUCUGAUUGAAAAUAUCGGCGAGAGCAUCGAUGCAGUAUUGAAUCCAUUGCUUGGCCGUAUGUUGAUUAAGAAGGGAACGUGCUUAAAAUUAGGCGACAAGGAAAUCGAUUUCAAUACAAAUUUUCGAUUAGUUUUGCAUACAAAAUUAGCAAAUCCUCACUAUAAGCCGGAAAUUCAAGCACAAACUACGUUAAUUAAUUUUACUGUCACCCGCGAUGGCUUGGAAGACCAGCUUCUGGCUGAAGUCGUAAAAGCUGAACGCCCAGAUCUGGAAGUAAUGCGGGCUAAUUUGACACAACAGCAGAAUCAGUUUAAGAUCACACUGAAGUUUCUAGAAGAUGACUUGCUACAAAGACUCUCUUCAGCUGGCGAAAAUGUCCUGCAAGAUGUUACUCUGGUUAUGAAUCUUGAAAAGACAAAGAAGACUGCUGAAGAAAUAGAAGUCAAAGUUGCGGAAGCGAAGAUAACCGCUGUUCAAAUUGACUCGGCUCGUGAGCAUUAUCGACCUGCCUCUCAAAGAGCCUCCAUUAUUUACUUCAUAUUGAAUGAUCUCUUCAAGAUCAACCCGAUAUAUCAGUUCUCCCUGAAAGCUUAUACGGUUGUGUUCUCGAAUGCUAUAGCCAAGUCAGCACCAGCUGAAAAGGUGAAAGAACGAGUGGAAAAUUUGAUAGAUUCCAUAACUUUCUACAGCUUUGUGUAUGUUUCACGUGGCCUCUUCGAAGCUGACAAACUCAUAUUCCUCACUCAAGUCGCUAUCCAGAUUCUCCUGAGCUCUGGCGAAAUCGAACCAACUGAACUUGACUUUCUCCUUAGAUUCCCUUAUUCGCCAAAUGUAACAUCGAACAUUCCAUUUCUUACAAAUGUCGCUUGGGGUGGUAUCAAGGCUCUUAGUAAUCUUGAAGCCUUCCGCGGUCUAGAUAAGGACAUUGAAACUUCGCAAAAACGUUGGCAGAAAUUCAUAGAUGGCGAGUGUCCCGAAAACGAAAAGUUUCCCGGAGAAUGGAAGAAUAAGACAGCAGUCCAAAGGCUUUGCAUCAUGCGAUGUUUAAGGCCAGACCGAAUGUCUUAUGCGAUAAAAGUUUUCAUCGAAGAAAAACUGGGAUCGAAGUACACCGACAAUCGCAUGAUGGAGUUUGCAAAGACUUUCGAAGAAUCGAGCCCGGAAACACAUAUUUUCUUUGUUCUCUCACCCGGAGUGGACCCUCUCAAGGAUGUUGAAAAACUAGGCAAGGUGCUUGGGUUCAAGACAGACAACGAAAAUUUCCACAGUGUGUCCUUGGGACAAGGACAAGAAAUCGUUGCUGAGAAUGCUAUGGAAAUCGCCUCUCAAAACGGCCAUUGGGUAAUUUUGCAAAAUAUUCAUUUAGUUGCUCGUUGGCUGCCGAGUCUUGAGAAGAAAAUUGAAGCUACACUGGUUAACGUUCACCCAGACUAUAGACUGUUUUUGAGUGCCGAACCAGCUGGAGAUCCGGCCUACCACAUUCUGCCUCAAGCAAUUCUUGAGUCAGCUAUUAAGAUUACCAACGAACCACCGACUGGAAUGCAAGCAAACAUCCAUAAGGCCUUGGAUAAUUUCAGUGACGAAACACUUGAAAUGUGCUCAAAGGAAACUGAGUUUAAGGCGAUCCUCUUUUCGUUGUGCUAUUUCCAUGCAGUGGUAGCAGAGAGAAGAAAAUUCGGGCCUCAAGGAUGGAACAGAGUGUAUCCUUUCAAUGUCGGUGACCUGACGAUAUGUGUCUAUGUGUUGUACAAUUAUUUGGAAGCUAACAGUCGAGUUCCAUGGGAAGACUUGCGGUAUCUAUUUGGCGAGAUAAUGUACGGAGGUCACAUUACGGACGACUGGGACCGUAGAUUAUGUCGCACGUAUCUGGAGGAAUUCAUGCAGCAAGAACUUGUUGAUGGUGAAUUGGAGUAUUGUCAAGGUUUUCCGGCCCCGGGAAUACUCCGGUACGAUGGAUACCAUCAAUAUAUUGACGAAAACUUGCCACCAGAAAGUCCAAACCUUUACGGCUUACACUUGAACGCCGAAAUUGGAUUCCUUACCACAGUAUCUGAGCGUCUUUUCCGCAUAGUAUUCGAGCUACAACCACGCCUGCCUGUCGGUACCGGAUCUUCCGGAGGAGCCGAACAGUCUGAAGAUGAUGUUGUAAAAGCAACUCUAGAGGACCUGCUUGACAAAAUACCUCAACAAUUCAAUAUUCCUGAGUUAAUGGCAAGAGUUGAAGACCGAAAUCCGUUCAUAAUCGUAGCAUUCCAGGAGUGUGAACGCAUGAACAUACUUAUGCGGGAGUUGUUCCGGUCUCUCAAGGAACUCGAACUGGGAUUAAAAGGAGAACUGACUAUAUCUUCUGACAUGGAGAACCUAAUGCAAUCACUUUACAUGGAUCAAGUCCCAGAAUCCUGGACAAAACUGGCCUAUCCAAGUCUAUGGGGAUUGCAAUCAUGGUUUGCGGAUCUUAUGAUGCGUCUGAGAGAGCUAGAAGGAUGGGUGGCUGACUUCAAGAUGCCCUCAUCUGUAUGGCUAGGUGGGUUUUUCAACCCUCAAAGCUUCCUUACCGCUAUUAUGCAACAGACUGCCCGUAAAAAUGAAUGGCCAUUAGAUCGGAUGUGCCUCAAUUGUGAUGUCACAAAGAAAAGGAAAGAAGAAAUUAGUGCUCCACCGAGGGAGGGAGCAUACAUAAACGGUUUGUAUAUGGAAGGCGCCCGCUGGGACACUCAAAUGGGAACAAUUGCCACAGCCUUUAUGAAGGAACUUUUCCCAUCAAUGCCGGUGUUAUUUAUAAAGGCUGUCACCCAAGACAAGCAGGACACGAAAAAUAUCUACGAAUGUCCUGUCUAUAAAAUAAGAAUGCGAGGUCCAACGUUUGUGUGGACUUUCAAUUUGAAGACUAAAGAGAAGGCUGCGAAAUGGACUCUUGCGGGUGUUUGUCUCCUUCUGCAAACAUAAAUAAAAGAAAGAAUGUAAAUACUGUACCAUCUAUUCAAUGGUUCCCAAUGCCGAAUUGGGGAUGUUUUCAUUUCUUGUUAAUUUUGUUCUCUGAUUUGUUAUCUUGUUUGUGAGUUUUUAUUGAUUUGAUUAGUUAUUAAAUUAUUUUCGUUGCAUUUCA